AUGUCUUCUUCUCUUGUUCCGAUGAAACACGACAAGAAGAAGCAGAAGGUCCCAACAAUAAUACCAACCUUCCUUCCUCAUCUCUUUUUGGGUCGGUGGGUUUUCAUUCUUCUUCUUCUUCCUUGCUCUGUUUCUGCUGCUUGUAACCAGCUCGAUCAGGACGCUCUGUUGUCCUUGGCUCUCCAGGCACCAUUGAAUUUGAAUUGGUCUUCUUCCACUGACUGUUGCCUUUGGGAAGGAAUAACCUGCGGCCCAGAUGAUCAAGGACGUGUCGUCCGGCUAUGGCUGCCUAGGAGAGGCUUAACUGGUGUCAUCAAUCCAUCAAUCACAAACCUCACCCAUCUCACCCACCUCAAUCUUUCCCACAAUUAUUUCCUGGGUUCUCUCCCUGAAGAUUUGUUUUCAUCUCUCUCUAGUCUCCAAGUCAUUGACUUGAGCUUCAAUCGUCUCAUUGGCCGUCUACCACCUUCAAAUAAAAUCAGUCAGCUUCAGGUUCUGAACUUGUCUAGCAAUUUCUUCAAUGGAACAAUCCCAUCUUCGAUCCUUGUCCCAUCGGUGUCCAUUUUCAAUGUCAGCAACAACAGCUUUUCCGGGUCGAUACCCAUCGACAAUGGUAGCAACCACACAUCCCUUACCUUCUUGGACUUGUCCGACAAUAAACUCAAUGACACAAUUCCCCCCGGAAUCGGAUUAUGUUCCAAGCUCCAAGUUUUCCGUGCAGGCUUCAAUAGCCUCUCGGGUUCUCUCCCUGAUGAAAUUUUCAACCUUGCUGAUCUCCGACAGCUCUCUCUGCCUGUCAACAGUCUUACAGGACCCAUCAACGAUGGUAUCAUGAACCUCACCAAUCUCCAGACCCUGGAGCUCUUUUCAAACCAGUUCUCUGGGCCAAUCCCAAGCCAAAUUGGUAACCUUUCCAGGUUGGAAAAUCUGCUGCUCCACGUCAACAACCUCACAGGCCCCUUACCUCUAUCUCUCGCCAACAGUACAAAGCUGUCUGCUUUGAAUUUGAGGGUCAACAACUUGACUGGAGACCUCUCUUCCUUCAACUUCUCCCCUCUCCAACGCCUCACCACUCUGGACCUUGGCAACAACAACUUCACUGGUGAGUUCCCCAAAAGCCUCUACUCUUGCAAGUCACUAACAGCUAUUAGAUUGACCGGGAAUCAGCUCACAGGACAGAUAUCACCUGAAAUAGUUGCAUUAGAAUCCUUGGCUUUCCUCUCCAUCUCUACCAACAACAUGACAAAUGCCACUGGGGCUCUUAGGAUUCUAAAGGGUUGCAAGAACCUGACCACUCUGAUAUUGUCCAACAAUUUUCUGUUUGAGCCUGUGCCAGAUGAUAAAAGCCUAGGAGACCUAGAUGGAUUCCAAAGCCUUCGGGUUUUUUCUCUGGGGGGUUGCCAAUUCACAGGUCAAGUACCCACCUGGCUAGCCAAGCUUAAAAACCUUCAAGCCUUGGACCUGUCAUUUAAUCUUAUAACUGGGUCUCUUCCCGGUUGGUUGGCUAGUCUGCCCAACCUUUUCUACAUUGAUUUGUCCAAUAACCUCCUUCAAGGCGGAUUUCCUAAUGAACUCUGUGGGAUGCCAGUUUUGACAUCGAAAGAGGCCAGUGAUAAGGUGGACAGAAGUUAUUUAGAGUUGCCAGUAUUUGUGAAGCCCAAUAAUGCUACUGAUCAGCAGUACAACCAACUGUCCAACCUCCCCCCAGCCAUAUAUUUGAGUAACAACAGCCUUAAUGGCAGUAUCCCCAUUGAGAUUGGCCGAUUGAAGUUUAUUCAUGUGUUGGACCUUAGUCAUAACAAAUUCUCUGGCAGCAUCCCAGAUCAGAUAUCUAACCUCACUAACUUAGAGAAAUUGGAUCUUUCCUAUAACAAUCUAUCUGGUGAAAUCCCUGUUUCUCUCAAAGGUCUGCAUUUCUUGUCUUCCUUCAGUGUGGCAUACAAUGAUCUUCAGGGACUUGUACCAUCUGGAGGUCAGUUUGAUACUUUUACCAUCUCCAGCUUUGAAGGGAAUCCGGGCUUAUGUGGUCCUCCAACUGUGCAUCGCACAUGUCCUCAACCAUUAUCACCGGCUGCUUCUCGAAGGUCUAACAAAAAUCUUCUUAUUGGACUCACCUCUGGGAUCUGUUUUGGCAUUGUAUUUAUUAUUAUUAUGCUAGUAGUGUGGAUGUUGUCUAAGAGAAGGAUCAUUCCAGGAGGAGAUACUGACAAGAUGGAUUUUGACACAAUGUCUAGCCAUUCAGCCACUGCUGUUACUCCUGAGCUUGACAAGGAUACCAGCCUAGUCAUAGUGUUCCCAACCAAUACCAAUGAAAUCAAGGAUCUUACUAUAACUGAAAUCUUAAAGGCAACUGACAAUUUCAAUCAAGCAAACAUCAUUGGCUGUGGAGGUUUUGGUCUGGUUUACAGAGCAAUAUUCGCAAAUGGGACCAGGCUAGCUGUUAAGAAACUCUCAGGAGACUUGGGUCUGAUGGAAAGGGAAUUCAAAGCAGAAGUUGAGGCUUUGUCCACUGCCCAACAUGAGAAUCUGGUUUCCCUGCAAGGCUAUUGUGUGCAUGAUGGUGUUCGCCUGUUAAUAUAUUCCUAUAUGGAGAAUGGAAGUCUGGAUUACUGGUUGCAUGAGAAAGCUGAUGGUGCAUCCCGGUUAGAUUGGCCAACUCGACUGAAGAUAGCACAGGGAGCAGGCUGCGGGUUGGCUUACAUGCACCAAAUAUGUGAGCCACACAUUGUGCAUCGUGAUAUCAAGUCCAGCAACAUCCUCCUGGAUGAUAAAUUUCAAGCACAUGUUGCUGAUUUUGGGUUGUCCCGGUUGAUUCUUCCGUACCAGACUCAUGUUACAACUGAGCUCGUUGGUACCCUUGGUUACAUUCCUCCAGAGUAUGGACAAGCAUGGGUGGCCACAUUGAGAGGAGAUAUGUACAGUUUUGGGGUUGUCAUGCUUGAGCUGCUAACCGGAAAAAGGCCUUUCGAGGUAUGCAAGCCAAGGGCAUCGAGAGAGUUGGUUGGCUGGGUGCAGCAAAUGAGGAGAGAGGGCAAACCAGAGGAAGUUUUUGAUCCUCUCCUGAGAGGGAAGGGCUUUGACGAAGAGAUGCUGCAGGUGCUUGAUGUGGCUUGCAUGUGUGUCAACCAGAACCCUCUUAAGAGACCAACCAUCAAGGAAGUUGUCGAUUGGCUGAAAAAUGUAGGGACAUCCCACCAACACCAAAAUAAAGACUAG